GGACAGCGGGCAUCGGGUCACCAGGCAUCAGGUCAUUUGGCUCGACCAGCGGGCACCGCGUCAUCUGGCAAGGCAGUGGGCUCCGAGUCAACUGGUAUGACCGCGGGCACUGGGUCAGAUAUUGGAUCGUCUGACUGGACAGCGGGCAUCGGGUCACCAGGCAUCAAGUCAUUUGGCUCGACAGCGAGCACCGCGUCAUCUGGCAAGGCAGUGGGCUCCGAGUCAACUGGCAUGACCGCGGGCACUGGGGCAGACAUUGAAUCGUCUGGCUGGACAGCGGGCAUCGGGUCACCAGGCAUCAGGUCAUUUGGCUCGACAGCGGGCACCGCGUCAUCUGGCAAGGCAGUGGUCUCCGAGUCAACAGGCCCGACAGUGGGCACCGGGUCAUCAGGUACCGGAUUGUCUGGCUCGACAGCGGGCAUCGGGUCAUCAGGCAUCGGGUCAUUUGGCUUGCCAGCGGGCACCGCGUCAUCUGGCAAGGCAGUGGGCACCAAGUCA